GCGACCUCUUAUGACAGUGUAAACCAGUUCAUUGCUAUACACUGACAAGGAUAGGCUGCGGUAAUGGAUAUGUAUUUUCCGCUUUUUUUUCUUUUUUCAUGAAGAAACUGAGUCAUUCUUGCGGCAUAACAAUUGAUAAUCUGGCCUUAACCUUGGAUUUCACAGAUAAAAAUCGCAAACACGAACUCGAGGAGAAACGAGGAAGUGAAAAGGUCAACUGAAGCUAACAGGGAGAAAUAAGAAAGAAAGAAAAAAUACAAAAGAAACACCAUAACAAUAUUGAAAAAAACAAAAAAGAUGGCCAAGCACAUAAUCAUAGUCCACGGCUACCUGCUGAGCGGUUCAGGGUCUAACAUCUACUCCUGUAACCUGACAAUGCAAUGGAAGAAACAGGGUCAUGCCGUCACCGUGUUCUGCCAGGACCCGCAGGCUGGAACCUACGACUGGGUGGACGAGUUCUUUACCUCCAAGGACGAAUGGCCCCAGCAUCCGCCUUCCCCGGGACAGGUGCGUGUCGUGGUCCCAGACAUCGCCGGCUUACUGCCCGUAUACAACUACAACGAAUACGACGGCUACACGGUGAAGACCAUCCCCAACUGUAGCGACGAGGAGAUAGAGAGGCACAUCGAGAUGACAUCCAGAGAAAUACGGAGAGCUGUGACCGCGUGGGGAUGUAACCAGGUUCUUUCCAACCACGCCCUGCUGUCUCCCGUAAACACGACGAGGGCGCUGGAAGGGACCAACGUCCCCUUUAAUAUCAAGAUCCACGGUAGCGCUCUGUCAUUUGUCAUCAAACCCUUCCCGAGAUACAAGAAAUAUGCGCUGGAAGCAAUGGCGAAGUGUAACAAGAUAAUUGCCGGAACAAGACACGUUGUCAAGCAAGUUUUAGAUAUUUUCAAAGAAGAACUUGACCAUGACCCUAAGGGUGACCUUGACCUAAAAAGGAAACUGGUCAUCGUCCCCCCUGGAAUGGAUCCAACAGUGUUUUCACCGCUGCGGGAUAGCAUAAAAAAUCAGGAAUCAUUUCGCCGCGAAGUUGAAAACCACAUUGCCGAAAAAGGCGAUGGACGGCGAGCAGAGAAGAUCAAUUUUCCAGCCCUGUCAAGCUCAAGCAGUGAGGCGCACUCGAAGCUGGUGGAGCUGGGGACAACCUACGAUCAACGAGUCGUGGAUGCAGAUCUGUUGAGUCGGCUUCCAACUUUUUCUCCUGACGAACCUGUCAUCAUGUAUAUUGGACAUUUCCUCCAUACCAAGGGAGUGGCUGAGAUUCUCUUGUCUUUUCCUGCCAUUGUCAAAAGAUUGCCAAAAGCACGGUUGCUUUUGGUUGGAUACGGAACUUUUAGGGAACACUUGAUGUUGAUGAUAAAUGCAAUGACUACAGGGGACAUAAAUCUCUUCAAGGCAGCAGCUCACAGCCCAGAUGAGCGCGGUAAACCCUUUCUUGACUCCAGUAUAGAAAUCGACAAGUACUUCAGACAACUUGAGCCCUCUGAAGUAUCCCGCAUCACUGUCACUGGAUAUUUAAACCACACGGAACUCGGUUUCAUUCUACCUCUUGCCUCGGUUCUGGUUGUGGCGUCCAAAUGGAGUGAAGCAUUCGGAAUGGUUGCAGUCGAGGCUAUGUCUGCCGGCGUAUUGCCACUCUGUGUGUACCACUCUGGAUUGGUAGACGUCUUAGACAGAGUUAAAGAAACAGAUCCAGAAUUAGAAUCUCUAAUGCACAUGGAAAUUAAAAAUGGUGGAGAUUUUGAGUUAGGAUCAGGAGCGUCCUUUAUGGAGGUCUUCACUCCUAAGGUACUAGAAAUCUUGCAACACUUAUUUCCCGCCACUGGUGGGAAGGAGAUACGCGCGUUAACAUCCGAGAGAUUACGAGAAGUGGCAGUGAGCACGUGGUCCUGGGACGGAAUAUGUAAAAAGCUUCUUGAACUAUGAAGUUGUGCAUGUCGAGUUUUGAAUUGAAAUAAUUACAUGAAAAAAGGCUGUACAUCCGGAUGUGCGUUGUGAAAAUAAAUAAAAUGUUUUUUUUUUUGUCCGCUUAAGUAAUACUCUUUGAAGAUGAAUCAUCUAAGUGCACAAUUUUGAUACAGUAUUCAAUGGGGUAUAACAGCGUUGAGGGUCUGCCGCUAGAUGGCGUGGGGGUGAAAUAUUGAAUUUUUAAUAGUAUUUGAAUUUUUACUUAUCUUGGCAGGCACCAUGUUUACACCCAAAAGGCGUGGUUAAGAGAAUAGAAUGCUUCCCCAAAAGCUGCUUGCUAAAUUAGAGACUAUUUUAUCAGCUGAUUAAAUGGAGAGAAAUUCCAUACUUCGAAUCUCCAAUUGCAGAGGCUAGCUUACCCGAUCUAGCUAUGUACUAACUGAUUAUGCAAAUGUUCCCUUUUUUUCGUUUCUUAACUAUCAAAUAAAUAAAUAAAUAAAUAAGAACUUAACGUCUUUUAACAG